UCCCUUACACUGAUAGUGACUACACAUAGAUUACAGUGCAUAGAAUAAGUUACGAUACGACUUGGGCGGCACCCACUUGUAGCAUAGAGCUAUAGGAAUAGUGUGUAAUCAUCUAAAUUUUUUGUUUAUAAACUUUGUCAAUGUGAUGAGUCUUGAGCUUUGUCGGACAGAAGGAUCAUCAUUCUCAACAAGGUGCACAACACUAUUUACAAUGUUCUUGGCAAAUCUGUGUUCCCGUAUUUGUGUCAUAGAAAAUCUCUGACUGACUCGGCAACAUUUCAACAGAGACUAGGAAGAGCCUUGACCAGAGAGUUCAUAUGGUCAUGAAUACGUUAUUCACCGUUUUGUUCGAUAUUGGACUAAUCUCACUUUUAAUUACAUGUUCAUCACAGCAGACGAUCACACUCAAAGUCAAUAAUAUCACGGACUAUGUUGAAGUUUACGCUGGCAGCAGCCUGGAAGUCCUGUGUUCGACCUCCACUGAGACGGGCCUGCCAAUAGUUCUCUACAGUCAACUGCAUAAACUCAAAGUGUCACAUGCUAGACAACUGAAUCACUUUAUGAUGACGAUGUCUCAUAAGGCCGACAAUUUUACCUUAAGUUGUCGUUGUGGACCUAUGGAAGCCACAGUCACAGUAGUCGUUCUUGAUUGUGAUGCCAACAAUCUCCAUUUCAUGGCCAACUCAGACAGUGGUAGCCUCGAAGUGAAGGCUGGCAGUCAGAUCUACUUCACGUGCACUGCAGACGCUAACUGUGGAGCCCAAAAGACAUUAGUCAUCAGCAUAGGUCCACAGGUUGUGUCCAGUGCCCGCUUGCCCAAUGCUACUCACUACACAGAGACCAGGACCUUCUGCGGCCAGUCCUUUACGAUGCGCUGUAAAGUAAUGGACCACGGGCCGUAUAGAGACAUUCCCGUCAAUGUGACAGCAUGCGAUGUGAGACCUCGCCAUGAAGUAACAACAAGGGCGGUCGCCCGUAAGACAGUACCGUCUUUUGAAGACAGUGGAAGUAUUGCUCUGGGCGUGUCUCUCGGAAUCACCUCCUUCUUAGUGUUCUCACUGUGUACUAUUUGCUUGUGCUGCUGGUGCUCUAACCGUCGGUCCAGAAGACAUCAGGAAGGCCAGGCACGUUCUCCACCACCUGUUUCUUUCACAUCGACCGACCACCAGGUGACGGUGACAACUGACCACAUUCAGGAAAACAGAAAUGGCCACAUCUUUCAUACUGACACCAGUCUUCAGGAAGGUUUGAGUUCCGCCUCUGUCACUGAUCCCCCAGACUACAGUAGUCUUCCUCCGUCGUACGAUGACGUUGUCCACAAUUAUAAACAGAUUCAACGAGCGAAGUACUCACCUAAAAAUAAUGGAAUUAUUGUGACACCUUUAUAGACUUGUAGAUUUCUUGAAACAUAAACUAGUGGCUUCCUAUAACGAUACGUCUCGAUAGAGGUCAUGUGUGUUUGGCAUCAUUACUCUAAGUGUAUCCAUAAUUCUUCGAUAUUCUUCAAUAUAGUUCCAUUUUUAAUGAUACACUUGAGUAUGUCCCUAUCUGUGGAUGUCAUUGCGUCAGAGGAAGUGACGCUUUUAUCAAUUGGAAGCCUCUUAGAUUUUCAAUAUAUAUGCAUUAUAUGCAUUAAAUAUAUAUAUAUAUAUAUAUAUAUAUAUAUAGUAUUAUAUACAUCCUUCUUUAUUAUAGUUAGUAUUUAUAUAUUUUUUUAAUGCUGUUUAUAUGUGAAGGCCCCAUUAGUGGGUAAGACACUGUACUAUUUGGUAAAUCCGGUCCUGGACAGAGACCUUUGUUAAUAGCCAGACCGUUGAAAGUUUUGACUUUUGACCUUGUGUGACAGUAUGUUUGCGAGAGUGUGUGUUUGUAGAUUUAAUCUCGUUACUCACGCGUCUAUAGAAAAUUAUUUUAAUGUGCAUUGUUUUUGCAAAAAAGGCUGUCACCAUAUAUACAGUGUAAAAUGACUGGAUUAAUUUAUUCUCUUAAAAAUCAUGUAUUUGUUAAUGUUUAUUAAAGUAAAAAAAAAACACAAAGAUAAUA